GAGGGCACCGAGAGCGGGAGCCCGUGGCCACGGCACUAGGUGUGCUUCAGGAGGAGGUGGCUGUGUCUCCAGCCAGAGUGGCUCUUUUUUUUUUUUUCCCACCCUUGCCAAGCACGGAAAGUCGAGAGGGCUCCCGGGGUCUGGCCCCGACAGUCACGUCCCGAGUGGUGCCAGGCCUGAAGCGGCUGGGGCUCGUUUCCAUCCUUGUGUAAAAGGGCAGUUCCUGAUCAGAUAAAGUCAUCGUAGUCCAACAACUGGAUUAGAGGGUUAAGUGAAGAGAUUGACUGUAAAAAUUGGCUCCAGCCACUUCCCUGAAGAGAAGAAAGUGAUGAACAUUAAGGAGAUCUAAACAAUUAGUCUUGCCACAUGGCCGACUCACUCGGGAAAGCACUGGGGAGUUUGGUGGGCUUCAAAGACUCAAGAGUUUGACACAUUUGGAUAAAAGAAGAAAUUACCAUCUUGGAGGAGAAAUAUAGUAAAAGGAGAAAAAAAAAUGUCAGGCAGUGUCUGUGCUCCUUUGAAGUCUGAAGGGGUUCCAAGGAGUAGGUCUGAAGGGGUUCCCAGGAGUAAGUCUGAAGGAAACUUGGUUGAAGAACAAAACUCUUCUACACAGUAUAAUACAGAAGUUUGCCAAGACAGCGAUGUGUCUCCUGAUUCACCUGAUGUUAACCCCCAGCAUGUCAGUCCUAUUUUCAAGACAACAAAUCCAUUCUGGCAUGAACUCUCUGCUUCCAACCCAUUCUUGGAUGACAUAGCUCAGUUAAGAAAUACUAAGAGUACAAACACAUCCAUCUUAAAAGAAGACCCCUCUCUGUUCUUUCGAGAAGUAGAAGAAGAUAGCUCUUCGGGUGAUGAAUUAAAUGUUCAUCAAUUACUCAGAAAGUCUUCAUCAAGGAAAUCUGGGAAAUCCAAGAGUGUUUCAGAACUUUUGGACAUCAAGGAUGCGACACUGAGUACAGAGAUGUCUGACCAGAUUUUACCUCAUGACAUGCAAUGGCUUCAACAUGACCGGGAGGCUUAUAAAAUGGUCUGGUUGAGUCAACGUCAACUGGCUCGAUCAUGCCUGGAUUUGAACACGAUGAGUCAAGGUCUGGGUUGGGCGCAAACGCAAGUGGCAGGCCCUGUCAUCAUGUGUAAUUUGGACCACAAAGGAGGCACAAUACAACUCCCAGGAUCACACAUCACUGUUCAUGUGCCUCAGGGCCAUGUAAAGGUUGGAGAGUACCAAGAAAUUACCUUGAGGGCUUUCCUGGACCCUCCAAAAACCCUAAAUCAUGACCUGUCAUGCACUGUGAGCCCUCUGUUGGAAGUUAGGUUAAGCAAUCUCAACACGAUGGAAGCCAUUCGGUUAGAAAUGAAAAUCUCAGGUGAAGUGAAGCAGGACCCUUUUAGCCAAGUCAUGGGGAUGCUGACUUGUUUGUAUAGCUCUCGUAAAGAAGGGCCCUUCAAAGAACUCGGUAUCCACUACAUUUACAAUGACACAGUCCAAAUGAAAUUAUUAGAACUAAGUCAUGUGAUGUACAUAGUGAUCACAGCCCAAGCCAAAGCCAUUCAGGCCCCAGCCACAAGUGUGUGGGAUUAUAUCCACAGAACUAUAUAUGUCGGAAUCUAUGGACCCAAAUACAUCCAUCCCAGUUUCACCGCCAUCUUUACUUUAUGUGGACACAGCUAUAUGCCACGCAGGCUCACCUUUACUGAUAUUAACAGGAGUGGCAAGAACAUGUCUCCAGUUGUGUUUCAUCUCUGGGGGAAACAUUCCUUUUUGCUUGACCAGCCUCGUAAUCUACACAUUUCAGUCCUCUCAGACGAUAUAGAUUUUGAAGUGAAAGGAGAUGACCAAAGGAGAGAAAUUAGACAAGAGCAGCUAAAAAGUGGAGAAGCCAUUUACCAACAAUUUCUUUUUUCUGCAGUGGACAACAAGGCCUUGCACACAUUUGUAUUCCUGGUCCAGAUACGUAUUCCCAACGAUAAUCCUGUGACACAGUUUUAUGUUAGGACACCUGAACCAGCUCCCAACUUUAGUAGGAUUCCUAGUCAGUCAAAUUCCUUGAAAAUGGAAGAGAUCAAAUUCUACCCCUUUCCCUCAGUAGUAACUGAUAAAUAUCCUAAGUUUCAAGAUAAAAAGUUACGCUUUAACCGUUAUGGUGUAACCUUGAAAGCAUUGUUAAGGCAGAACAAGAUUAACUACUUUCUGGAAUAUUUCAAAGGGGACACCAUUGCCCUUCUUGGAAGAGGCACGGUGAAAGCUAUUGGUCAGAAUAAAGUCAAGGAAUGGUAUGUAGGUGUCCUCCGGGGGAAGCUUGGUCUUGUGCACUGCAAAAAUGUCAAAGUGAUUUCCAAAGAACAAGUAAUUGAUAUGUCAGAAAGUGCAUUUACAACCCAGAAACUUCUGGAACAGGCUGCCCUGCCCUUUAAGAAGAUGACCUAUAUCUAUUCAACUGUGCUGACCUUGGUAUCUGAAAAAAUUUUGGACUGGAAAGCGUUAGCCGAUGCGCUGGGCUAUUCUCAGCUGACGAUAGAAGAUUUUGAUCAGAUGCAAGUUGACAAAGAGACAGAAAGAGUGUCUUAUGUUGUCAAGAAGUUGAAGGAAGAUUGUCAUGUCGACAGAAAUAGGAGGAGCUUUCUUUAUGAACUUGUGGUUGCGCUGCUGAAGAUAGACUGUCAAAGGUUGGUUGUGCAUCUUAUCCGAGAGACUGCGAUUCUGACUUCAGCUGUCAAACUAGGCAAAGGCUGGAGGGAGCUGGCAGAAAAGUUAGUGAGACUCACAAAACAGCAAAUCGAGGCGUAUGAGAUCCCUCACCGUGGAAGAGCCGGAGAAGUUGUCACAGAGAUGAUGUGGAAGCCUGCAUAUGAUUUCCUUUAUACUUGGGGAGCACAUUAUGGAGAAAGUUACUGGGAUGUGCUGCAAGAUUUACAACUGGCUUUGGACAGAAUGAAAAAUCCUGUGACUAAACAUUGGCGAGAACUAACUGGGGCCUUGAUCUUGGUGAAGUGCUUGGAAGUUUUGAGAGAAGAAGACUUCCAUGUCUCAGAGGAAGAAUAACUUUCUUUUGUUUUUGAGGCAGGGGAAAGUGGGAUAGAUCAUGUGCAAAGAUUUGGUGUAUUUUUUCAUGUUUUUAGGAAAAAUCUUGUUCUUUUGACAAGGACAUGACAAAUAAAACCAUUUUAAUUACUUUCUGUCAAA